GGAUAAUAUUACUCGUUUAAUUAAUAGUUUGGAGACGUUAAAGAAAAGUAAAUAUAAAGACACUAAGCAACUUUGCCAUUUAAAAAACUCUAAUGACUUUCUCGCAUUGAGAAAUCAGGAAAGAAUUCAAGAAGAAACGAAAGCAGGUUGUUUGGAUUGGUAUAGAUAAGAUUAAAGAAGUUUUAAAGGCAACAAGCCUUGAUAAACUUUUAUGCUAUGGUGAUAUUGAAUUUUUAAAAUCCAGUUGCCUUAUGACCUUGGAGAACAAAGGCAUGAGAUAUUAUUCGGUAAAUAAAGAAAAGAAACAGUUAAGAAAUUGCUGUAUUAAACAAUUAACUCAAGUAGACUAAUCAACUACAGAGUUGCCCCAACAAGUCCUUACCGUCUUAUCACCGAACACCGCGAAAGAGCAUUUAAAAGAAAGUUACCGGUGUUCUGAGACUUGACAAGAAGUGGCGUUGAACCACUGUGCUACGGCUGAUCAAAUUUAACUACCUAGUUUUUCUUUUUUAAAGUAUAAUUGAGAAUAAAGCAAAACUAAUCAUGCAAAAAUUUUUGUGGCAGCAUUUUACCUAAGACAACUUCUUAAUAGCAAAAUUUUGAAAGACCUUAAAUAAGAAUGCUCAACUUUAAAGAUAUAGCACAAAUUACCGUGGAAGCAAUACAAGAAACAAAUGAAGUUACUAAUAAAGAUGAAAAAAAUAUUCAAACUAUACAAGAUUUACGAAAUAAAAAGAUAAGAGAACAUAUAUCGUACAUGAUUGACAACUCUUCAUUUCACGGACUAUCUUAUAUUUUUGAUAAAAGACAUUCUGUUCGUCGCACAAUAUGGUUUUUUAUAACAAUAGCUGCAUUUGCCUAUGCGAUGCAAAAAGUUUAUGAAAGUACAAUGAACUACUUUUCGUACCCAUUUUACACUGUUCGCAUGAGAAUGUAUGUUAAUCAGAUAGAUUUUCCAGCGAUAUCUUUUUGUAAUUUAAACGAUAUAAAAUUUAGUGCUAUGAAUGGUACAAUUGUUGAUGAUGCAGUCGUAACGCAAAAUCAUGAAGCAAAUAUAACAGGUGAAGAAUAUAGAAGCUAUAAUCAAGCAGCCAGACACACAUUAAAUGAAAUGUUAGUUGAUUGUGACUUUGAAGGAAAAAAAUGCUCCCACAAAAAUUUUACAGAAUUUAGUUGGAUGCAGGGAGAAAGUUGCUUUACAUUUAAUUCUGGCAAACCUCCUCAUACUCUGUUGAAAGUGAAAGGAGCAGGUAUAAACAGAAGUUUAAAACUUACCAUCAACGUCCAACACUACGAUUACUAUAGAGACAAAAUGGACUCUGGAAUUCGUUUAAUUCUACACGGACAAGACGAAACACCAGUUAAAAUGAGUGGUUUAACAGUUCCACCUGGGUUUACUACAUACAUUCAAAUAGAAAAAAAGACGAUUAUAAACUUAGAAGCGCCAUACAAAACAAAAUGUGGUUCAGUAAAGUUAAAAUAUUUUGAUAGUUACUCGAUGCAUACCUGCUGGCUUGAACAACUUACAGAUUAUGUUUACAAAACAUGUAAUUGUAAAGACUAUUUUAUGCCAGGAGAUAUCCCCAUAUGUUCGUUUGAUUUGCUGUAUAACUGUGCUUGGCCUGAAUGGGAAACAUUUGACAAACAAAAACUGUAUCAAUGCCCACUACCCUGUAAAAUUGACUCGUACGAGGUAAGUCUCUCCCGAGCCUUAUUUCCAACAGGUCUUUACGCUAGUAGUUUAGCAAAUGAUCUUAGAAAAUAUCAACAAGUUCCCAUCGCUCUAAAAAGUAAAACAGACGAGCUAAUUUUUAUGAGAGAAAACUUACUUCGUCUUGUUAUCUAUUAUGAUGAUUUAGCGUAUGAGUUGGUUGAGCAGAAACCGAGCUAUAAUACAUUGCUAUGGCUGGGUGAUGUUGGUGGUCAAAUUGGAUUAUUUAUAGGAGCAGGAGUAAUGUCUUACUUUGAGUUUAUUGACUGCUUAGCUAUGGUAAUCUACACAAGGUUUUUUGAAAAAAUUAGUUUAAAAAAUCCUACAACUGUAUGAGCUGGCUAUAGGUGAAAGAUGAUGGUACCUGCUAUUGGUGAUGGUACCUAUUAAAGGAAAGCAUUUUGUAAAAGAAAAGCAAUAAUAGCAUAUAUUGUGUUGACUUUUAGAAAAGAAAUAUUAAAAUAUUA